AUGUGCUCAGUUCUUUUAAAAGGAAAUUUUGAAGAUGCGCGUUGUCGUUGUGUUUGUCCUUCUACUAAAUAUUUUUCAUCUGGAAAUCAUACGUUGGAUGAUGAACGACGAUAUUAUACGAAGUCAAAUGUAAAUGGUCUAAUAUGCAAUCCGCAAACAGUCGUGAAGCCAAACGUCUUGAAAAUUGUAGAUACAGCGCAUUUGGAUGCAUUUUUAGCGAACUGUGAUUGCAAGCAUGAAUCGAGAAACACUAUAUUAUUGAAGGUUGUUGUCAUAUUUGUUAUUUGUGUAGUCUUCGUCCUCAUCACUUACAUGCUUUUCUUAGUAUGCUUGGAUCCAGUGUUGCGAAAACAGCGGCAUACAGUGCCAUAUAGGCAACAAAAUGAUGAGAUGGAAGAUAAUAUAUUUGCACGAACUGUAUCAACUGAACCAUUUGCUGAUACUUCGCCAUCAUUCACUAUGCGGUCUCGAAAUAUUGCCGACAAUGUUUUGGGUCGAGUAGAAGCAGAAAAGAAUCGCUGGAUGCGAAAAGUUGAAGAACAACGGAGGAAUAUUUUCACAGAUCAUACCAUGCUUAAUUAA